AUGGAAUAAGCCUUAAAAACUUUAUAAACCCAAUCACCAACAAAGCAAAUGCAAGUUGUAUUUAUCAAUAAAAACAACUUAAAUAGAAAGUACUCACCUUUCUAAAUACAAUUAAAUUAAUCAUCAAAAUAUCAAGUAUUCAAUUUUUAUAUUGAUAGUAUCUAACAGAAAUAGAGAGAAUAAAUGGCAAUCAAAUAAUCUCAUAUUAAAAGAAUACACAAAAAUCUAUUAUAAAAAAAUGUACUAAAGAUCUAUAAAAUAAAUAAUUGAUUUCCAUGCCUUAAUAACUACAUCAAAAACUUCUCUUUUAAAAACAAAAGGAUUUAGUGUAAUUUAGGAAAAUAAUAAAAAAUUUUAUUAUAAUUGAAUUUUUAUAAAAACCAGAACUUUAUUUAUGUAAUUUCAAUACGUCUAAGUAAAAAUAUAAGCUUGAUAUAUUAUUGCUUCAUUCUACAUUUGUUAAGCCUAUUGCAAAUUAAAGCACUCCUUUAAAAAAAUGA